CGGCGUUCCGAUGGAGCGAGGAUGCCCAGCGGCCGCCGUCCCCGCGUAGCGCAGGAGAGCCACACACCGGUCCCGUUCCCCGCAGAUACCGCACGCUCUGUUGUCUCCCGGCACGGCUGCAUGUUGUAGUCUGACACAAGAAGCUCGAUGUCUGUGGCAAAUGCGAAACACACUGUCCUGAAUCCGGUGAUCCCAUACACAGGGCCCAUACCUGGAGGCCUGCACCCUGGGGAGAUCAUCAUCAUCCAGGGCACUGUGCCCCCAGAUGCCGACAGGUUUCAGAUCGACCUGUCGAGCGGCUGCAGCACCAAGCCGCGCUCUGACGUCGCCCUCCACUUCAGCCCUCGCUUCAAAGGCUCGCCCUGUGUGGUCUGUAACUCCCUGCUGCAGGAGAGCUGGGGCAAAGAGGAGACGCUCCAGCAGCUGCCCUACAAACGCGGAGCCCCCUUCGAGACCAUCAUCCUGGUGCAUGAAGACGUCUUCAAGGUGGCAGUAAAUGGUACUCACCUGCUGGGAUACAAGCACAGAAUCCCACUAAACAAGGUCGACACGUUUUCUAUUUCUGGGAAAGUCAGGGUGCACGCUAUUGGCUACAUCCCAAACUCAGCGAUAUAUUCUGAGUCAGGUGACUUGAGCCUCCCUUACAAAGGCAGUAUACUCAAAGGACUGAGCCCUGGACAGCACAUCACAAUCAAAGGACAGGUCAGCAUGUAUCCUCACAGUUUCACAGUAAACCUCGGCAACAGCAGGACAGAGAACAUCGCCCUCCACCUGAACCCCCGCAUGAAGUCGGGCGUGUUCAUCAGGAACUCGUACCUGAGUGAGUCCUGGGGUCAGGAGGAGCGGGAGCUGCCCUUCUUUCCUUUCUCGUCAGGGGAGUACUUUGAGAUUCUCAUCCUCUGUCAGCCCCAUCAGUUCAAGCUGGCAGUGAAUGGCUCACACUUGUUUGAGUUCAGGCAUCGGGUCCAGGACCUGAGCAGCAUCGACCAGCUGGAGAUCAUGGGAGACCUGGAGGUCACUGAUGUUAAACUGUGGUGACUCGGGACUCUAGGCCUGCACAGAAACCAGUGUUACACACACACUUUUGUGUUCUGGUUAUCAGUGCUAAAUUAGCUUAGCCACAAUGACCCAGACGACGGAUGCUAAAAAAACAUCAAAACCCCGUGCUGACUUUAGGGUUUGAAUUUCAGGUCCAGUUAGUCUUAGGGCAACCACAGGUCACUGAUCUUAAGCUAGUCUAGCAUUGUUGGUGGCCAAGGACCAUUAACAGGUCCUACCAUAGACUAAAUGAUCCAUUUUUCCAGCCCCGACUCGAGGACUGAUGCAUGAGAGUUAGUUGUGCCAGAGCACCAGGCUGUGAGCCACCAUGACUGUUUACAGCUACAAGUUAGGUUUGCCUUGGUUCAUUUCUUAUACCGUCUCUAGUGCAUCUCUUCUGUGAUACACCAUUAGUGCACUGUAUAAUUAAAACAGGAAAUAUAUGUAAAUGUUAAUAAGCACUUAAGUACUGGCUUUGUUUAAAUGUCAAGACAGCUGGCAAAUACAAACAAAAUGAAACUGAAGGGCUCCAUUUCUUUUGGAGCAACUCAUUGUACAGCUAAUUUAGAGAAAUUCAAAACAUCUUUCAUAAUUACUACAUAAUUUGUUGUGAUUUAUACUUUUUUCUUUGGGAGUUGGUGUGUGAAAAAAAUUUAGUGUAUGGUCAAUUAUCGUUUUCAUCUGUAUUUUUUUUUUUUAAAGAAAAAAUUUGACUACAUGCCCAGUU